AUGGACAAGAGUUGGAUGAAGUUGCCGCGAAGUUCGCGAGAGUAUAUUCGUGGGGUUUUAGUGUUUGUGAAAUUUGCAUGUGAACAUUUGAAUAGAAAAGGGGUCAUUGUGUGUCCCUGUAAGAAGUGUCUGUUGGGCAAAUCAUGGUCCAGUGAAGUUGUAUUUGCCCAUUUAACGUCAGGCGCCGGGAUUAUUGAGGGUUACACUGAGUGGAUAAUGCAUGGAGAAUCACUUGUCCCUUACGUUGAUAACGAGACAACAUAUGAAGUUCCCAGGACGGUUCAAGUGGAUAGCAUUCCACUACAUGGGGGGUCCAGUGGGAUGCAAGACAUGCUUAAUGACGUUUUUGCGAUGCACGAUGUUUGUGUAGAAGUCGGUGGGUCUCAAGUGGAAGCCGAAGUCGAAGCCAAAACCGAAUCUGUGGAUGCUGAAAUUGAAGACUCUAACAAGGGAGCAUAUAAGUUUGAAGAAUUGCUAAAGGAUGCCCAUACACCACUCCAUGAAAAUACCAAACAUAGCAAAUUGGGAGUUAUUGUGCAUUUAUAUAGCAUUAAGUGUAUGGGCGGUUGGAGCAAUACAUCAUUCUCCAUGUUGCUCGAAUUCAUCAAUGAGCUGAUGCAUCCAGAUGCAAGUUUGCCUAAAGACACAUACGAGGCGAAAAAGUACUUGAAGGAUUUGGGCCUUGAGUAUGAGAAGAUAUCGACUUGUCGCAAAGGUUGUAUGUUGUUUUGGAGGGAAAAUGAAAAGUUGGACAAAUGUACAUUCUGCAAUGAGUCCAGGUGGAAGGAUGACUUAACUAAUGAAGAUGGGUCGACAAAAAGUUUGAAAAAAAAGCCGGUCAAAGUGUUGCGUUGGUUUCCUCUAAUACCAAGGCUGCAGAGGUUGUUUAUGUCACAUCAUACAUCGCCACAUAUGAAGUGGCACGCUCAAGGCCGUACAAAAGACGGUGUGUUGAGGCAUCCGGCCAAUGGAGAAGCAUGGAAGGCAUUCGAUUCAUGUUACCCAGUAUUCGCAUUAGACCCGUGA